AUGAAACAGAACAUCCACAUGGAGCUUCUGGAAGAAGGCACUGCAGCAAAACUACUGCCCCGAGAUCAGUGGCCAGUUUCUCUCCUAGCUUUUAGAACACGAGCUGCAGAAACAGUUACAUUCGCCACAGGCCAAGAAGCCCCUCUUCACAUGGAAAUUGGCUGCUCGGGCGAAUGUUGUUUUUCACCGCAGCCAUGUGUCGAAAGACGAUUAACACUCGUUCCGCGAAAUCCUUUCCCCAGCCAUUUGGGAGUUGCACGCGUUCACACCCGGACCUCUGGUCUCCGACCUGGUGGCAGGGGCCUGGAUUGCCCGCGAAGGCCGACUGGGCCAUGCGAUGGAGACCGCGGAGCGCCGAGCCUCAGACCAAGCGCGCCCGCAGCCUCCGGCCGCCCCGGACUGCGCCACGCGGAGUGGGGGCGCGAACUCCGGGUAAGGCUCCUCCGCGCUGUUCUGCGCCUGCCCCAGCCGCUAGUCCCUCCCGCCUCCAGCUCCUCCCUCAGCCUUCCGCCACUCCCCACCCAGGCCAGCGCUAGGCUUGUGUGCCUUCUCCCUGGUCUGGGCUCACGUCUCCUCCGUGCGCCUGGGUGUGCCCCAUCCCGCAGAUCCGCAGGCUUCUGGAGACCGUGGGUUGACUCGCGAGGCAAGAAAGAGGUGCAGCACCGCGCGGCGGAGGCGAUGCCUGAUAGCCCUGACGUGACCGAAGCCUCAGGAAAGCUUUCCCAAUUCAGACACCCAGUCAGACUAUUUUGGCCAAAAUCAAAGUGUUAUGAUUACUUAUAUCAAGAAGCAGAAGUUCUUCUGAAAAAUUUAUCAAUUCAAGCCACAAUUUCAUUUUAUGAAGAUUCUGAUAGUGAAGAUGAAAUUGAGGAGUUGACCUGUGAAAAUUAAUCUGGUAGUUAUUUUGAUGACAUUCAGA